AUGACGACUUCUGUUUUCUUGUUGAACGCUCCUCCCAAAGACGGUUCACACAGCGUUGAAACAAAGAGAGUAAAAGGAGUGGUUGGAAUCCAUGCUGUGUUUUUGCUGAAAGACGUAAUGCCUUUCCCGUGUCGCAAGUGCUCUUUGUGGAUAUAUUUAAUGCUGCUAAUACUGGAUUAUUGCUGGAAUGAAGCGUCUGGGCAGCUCUCUUAUUCCGUCUCAGAGGAGGUAAACUCGGGAACAGUUGUUGGAAAUAUCACGAAGGAUUUACACUUAAACAUACAGGAUUUGGAAUCUCGCAUGUUCCAGAUUGUUGCUGGAUCUAAAAGAAAAUAUUUCAAGGUAAAUACGAAGACUGGGGUCCUCUACGUGAAUGACAAAAUAGAUAGAGAGGAGCUCUGCGCGAAAGCUGUGAAAUGUACGGUAACUGUCGAAGCUGUGAUAAACGAACCUUUAAAGCUGUACCGUAUAGAAAUUAAUAUUCUUGAUGUCAAUGACAAUUUCCCAUAUUUCAUUGCAAAAUCACAGAAUAUAGACAUUCCGGAAAACACAUUACCCGGUAUAAAAUUCCCCCUACUGCAGGCCUACGAUGCAGAUGUCGGAAAGAAUGGCAUCAACACAUACAAGCUGUCGUCUAAUGAACAUUUCUCAUUGGCAGUAAGCAAAUCAGGAGAGAGUAUUUCGGCCGAGUUAAUGUUACAGAAAGCCUUGGACAGAGAAAAGGAGCCCCUGAUAAAGCUCAGGUUAACUGCCUUAGAUGAUGGAAGUCCGCCGAAGUCUGGAAUAUCAGAUAUUAUCGUUAAUGUUUUAGACAUUAAUGAUAACACGCCAGUGUUUACAAAGUCGCUAUAUAAAGCGAGUGUGUUUGAAAACGUUCCGAUUGGUACUACUAUCCUGACUUUAAAUGCUACAGAUGCAGAUGAAGGAACCAACAAAGAAAUCAUAUAUACACUAAACACAAAGGAGCAGGACCAUGUAUUGCAGAUUUUUAAAAUCGAUCCGAACACCGGCGCACUCACAGUUGAAGGAAAUGUGGAUUUUGAAGAACACCCCGCAUUUGAGAUUCGUGCACAGGCCAGUGAUAAAGGACAGCCUCCGAUGUCUGCUCAUUGUAAAGUGCUGGUGGAAGUGUUGGACCUAAAUGACAACGCGCCUGAGAUUAUUGUGACUUCCCUACUGAACACGGUGAAGGAGGACGCGAAAGUAGGCACCGCUGUUGCACUUGUUUCGGUAGUAGACAAAGAUGGUGGUGAGAAUGGUGAAGUUUAUUGUACAGUAGAUGAAGAUGCUCCCUUUAAAUUGGAAACAAACUAUAAAAACUAUUACUCAUUAGUAGUGAAAGGCCCUCUAGAUCGAGAGAGCGUCUCUGGAUAUGACGUCACCAUAACGGCAAAUGAUGGAGGUAACCCCUCGCAAUCCAGCGCCAGUAUUAUCCCCAUUCAAGUUUCUGAUGUUAAUGACAACGCCCCUCAGUUCUCCUCACCUAUAUUUAACAUUUAUGUAAAAGAGAAUAGAAACGUGGGGACAGUUCUUAAAACAGUAACCGCCAUUGAUGCAGAUAAGGACGAAAAUGGAAAGGUGAGUUACUGUAUUUUAGAAAGUAGCAAUGACUCAGCCCCCCCGUCUACAGUCUUAAACAUCAACUCGGAGACAGGAGAUAUAGUCAGCCUGCAGUCUUUUAACUAUGAGGAGUUCAAAAAGUUCCAAUUCAAAGUUCAGGCCACAGACUCUGGUUUUCCUCCGCUCAGUAGCAAAGCCACUGUCAACGUUUUUAUCUUGGAUGAGAAUGACAACAGUCCCACAAUUCUUGCACCCUAUUCUGAGCACGGCUCUGUUAACAGUGAGAGCAUCCCCUAUUCUGCUGAAUCGGGAUACUUUGUGGCAAAGAUCAGGGCUGUAGACGCAGACUCUGGAUACAAUGCGCUGCUUUCUUAUCACCUGUCUGAGCCCAAAGGAAACAACCUGUUCAGGAUCGGAACCAGCACCGGCGAGAUCAGGACUAAGAGGAGGAUGAGUGACAAUGACCUGAAAACUCACCCUUUGGUGGUCUUGGUUUCUGAUAAUGGAGAACCCUCCCUGUCAGCUACUGUGUCUAUUGAUGUGGUGGUGGUUGAAAGUUCAGUUGAAAUCCAGACUCAGUUCAGACAUGUGCCUAUAAAGGAGGACAGUUUCUCUGAUUUGAACCUGUAUCUGCUGAUCGCCAUUGUGUCGGUGUCCGUCAUCUUUCUGCUGAGCCUCAUCAGUUUAAUAGCAGUCAGAUGCCACAGGACAGACGGCAGUUUCGGCAGGUACAGCGCCCCAAUGAUCACCAACCACCCUGACGGGAGCUGGUCUUACUCUAAAGCUACUCAGCAGUAUGACGUGUGUUUCAGCUCAGACACACUCAAGAGUGACGUAGUGGUUUUCCCCGCUGCAUUUCCACCUGUAGAUGGUGAGCUGAUCAGUAUUAACGGAGGAGACACUUUUACCAGGACUCAGACUUUACCUAACAAAGAAAGGGUAAGGAUGUGA